CGUACCGCAGCCGCCCCGUGGGCUGAGCCCCACUCACCCCCUCCCGUCCCGCACCCCGCCCCGCCGCAGGGCAGCCCGGUCCCCGCGGGCAUUGCGUUACCGCCGCCCCCAUCAAUGUUUCAUGGCCGCAGCAGAUGAAAUAUCAAACCCCGCUCCGUGUCUGCGGCGUGUCCACAUCCCGCUAUGGACACGAGUGGGGCCGGGGCUGGAUUUACCCCCCGUGCGGACAGAGCCGGGUGGGGUCGAUCCGCCGUCGGUCCGUCCCGGCGGUGACACGGACGGCGGCGGCUCCGCUCGUGUCAUGAGCGCGUCCGUCCUGGUGCCGGGCAGGGCGCGGCCAGAUUGCAGCGGCGUCGGGUUUCUGCUGCCAUGCAUUAAUUAUUGAGCACUAAUCAGGGCCAAGCCGGGAACCACGACGGGAGGUCGGGCUGGGAGCGCGGCGCUGCUCGGGGGGCUCCCGGCAUGUGGCGCUGGGGGGUCCCCUGGCCGCUCUGGCUGCUGCCGCUGGUGGCGGCGGGACAAGCGCUGGACGCCGGCACCGCAGCGUACGAGGAGCGGACGGUGACGGGGAUUCGGGGCCGCGCGGUGGAGCUGAGCUGCGGGUCGGCGGCCCCGGCCGUGGUGUUCUGGAGCUUCACGGCCCUGGGCAGCGCGGGGCCGCCGCGGGCCGUGGCCGUGGGGUCGGGAGCGGAGGCGGCGGUGGCUCCCGGAGCGGGAGCUCUGGGCCGGGUGACGCUGCGCAACGGCACGUUGGAGCUGCGGGAGCUGCGGGGCAACGCCGCAGGGAGGUUCCUGUGCCAGGGGCUGUUCCCGGAGUGGGGGCGGCUCCGCGUGGGAUACGCCGCCGUGAUGCUGCGUGUGCUGGUGCCCGUCUCCAAACCCUUCGUGCGACUGACGGCAGCGGCGGCAGCGGAGGGGACAGAGGUGGCCCUGACGUGCACCGUGCGGGAGGGGACGGCGCCGCUCGGCUUCUCCUGGCAGCACCGGGAGCCCCACGGCCGGCUCCUGGCUGCCCCCGUGGGGAUGGGGGGCUCCGGGGCCGAGCUGCUCCUGGCACCCGCCAACCGCAGCCACGCGGGCUGGUACAGCUGCACGGCCCGCAACGAGGUCAACAACCGCACCAGUGAACCCGUCUACCUCGACAUCGUCUACGGUCCCGACGAGCCGGCCAUCAGCGUGGAGCCCUUCUCCCCGGAGCAGGGCAGCUUUUCUGCUGGCGAGAGGGAGGACGUGGUGCUGAGCUGCCUGGCGCCCUCCAACCCCCCCAGCCGCUACAUCUGGCUGCACAACGGCUCCCAGGUGCACAUUGGGCAGACCUUUGUCAUGUCGGCCAUUGCCCGGGGCCAGGCGGGCACCUACACCUGCCUGGCGGAGAACACCCACCUCCAAACCCGCACCCAGGCCACCAUCGUCCUCACCGUGUACUAUCCACCGGCCGGCAGCCCCAGCUGCUCCGCUCUGCCCAGCGCUGACCUGCGGGACGUGGCGCUGCGGUGCCGCUGGGUGGGCGGAUUCCCUGCAGCCCGGCUGCGCUGGGUGGGCCCCGGGGAGGAGGAGCAGGAGCUGGAGGAGGAUGAAGAGGGGGCGGCGGGGCCCAGCUUUUCCAUGGCCACCAGCAUCGUGCCAGGGGCAGCCACGAGGAACGGCAGCUCCUUCACCUGCGUGGCCACGCACCCAGCGCUGCGGGAGGGGGCUGCGUGCAGGACCACUCUGUGGAUCCCGGCAGGCGGCCCCACGUGCGCGGCUGCGGCCACCAAGCGUGACGAAUUCGUGAUGCUGCGGUGCCGCUGGGAGGGGGGCGAACCGCCGGCCACGCUGCGCUGGUGGGACGGGCAGGGCCGGGCGCUGGGCACCCCCACAACAUCAACCACCGUCCUGGUGCUGAGCACCGAGACCCAACUGCGGGGACGGGACUUCGUGUGCGUGGCCGCGCACCCGCUGCGAGCCGCCAGCACCGAGUGUCGCCUCCGGCUGGGUAAGGGGGGAACAGCCCCGUGUGCCGCCCCCGCUAUCGCUGUGCCUCGUUGGGAUGCCGGCAUCAAUCCCCCUCCCCGCGCAGACGUCCCCGAGCUGGAGGUGGAGCGCAGCGAGGUGGCGGUGCUGGAGGGCGGCGAGGCUCGGCUGGCGUGUCGGCACCGCGGCGGUACCGAGCUGGGCGCCGAGCUGGGCUGGUUCGACCCGCAGCAGCGCGAGGUGCCGGGAAGCAGCACAAAGUACCGGCUGGAGCGCGGCGGGGCGUGGGCCAACCUCACGGUGCGCGACGCCGAGUGGCCGCGGGACGGCGGCUCGUACCGCUGCUCCGCCGCCAACAGCGUGGGCACCAACAGCCUCCGCGUCCAGCUCCGCGUGGAACGGUACCCGGCCCCUCCCAACGUCACCAUCAGCAAGUUGCGGUACACGCGGGCGCGCACCGAGGUGCGGCUGCAGUGGCGGACACAGGGCGCGGGGAACCUGACCGGCUUCGUGGUGCAGCGGCGGCCGGCCAAGAAACCGCAGCGCCGCACGGGCGGCACCUGGGAAACGGCGGCGGGAGACAUCGAGCCGAGCUCCCGAGACCGGCGCCUGGGGGGGCUCGACCCCCGCGUGGUUUAUGCGUUCCGAGUCCUGGCCGUCAACCACCGCACGGCCGGGCACCCCUCCGAGGUGCAGACGCCAGCUGAGCCGCCCUUCGAGGCGCUGCCGGCCGUGAUGGGGGCAGCAGUGCUGGGGAUGCUGGUGGCCGCCUCCAUGUCUCUGCUGGCUGUGUACCUCAUUGCUCGCCACCGGGACCGCCUGCCACGGCUGCACGAGCUGCUGUUCCGCAUGGCUGGCCCCGAUGCCCCACAGCUUGCCGAGGAUGUCAAUGUGGCCGUGAGCAUAGAGGACGGAGAAGGACAGGGACAGGAGGAGCCGGGUGGCCCCAGCACAGCAGCCAUGGAAGAAGAGCCACGUUCAGCCCCACCAGGUGACCCUGCGGAUGAUGCACCGGUGGAUGUGACCAUCACAGGGACGGCCCUGCCCUGAGCCUGGCACAGCCCUGGGACACCCCUCCUCACUGCUGCUGUUCCUGGGGGACGAGAACUGGGAUGUGGUAACAGCACCCCCAGAACAGCCCCAUCCUCCUGCACUGUGCUGUACCCCACCGCUUCCUUUGCCUCAAUAAAGGCUGCAAGAGAGCACAGG